CCAGAGCCGAAGGAAGCCCUCCCAGGGCCCCAGAGCUGGGGGAGGCUCCAGAGGCUCCUGAGUGCCCCAGCUGUGGGCAGAACUGCAUGGAAUGGGGAUUGGAGCAGUGAAACUCCAUGAUGAAACCCUGACACAUCUCAAUCAAGGCCAGUCUUAUGAAAUCCAAAUACUAGACAACAGGAAACUUGGAGAACUACCAGAAAUUAAUGGCAAGUUGGUGAAGAGUGUAUUCCGUGUCGUGUUCCAUGACAGACGGCUCCAAUACACUGAACAUCAGCAGCUGGAGGGCUGGAGGUGGAACCCACCUGGAGAUAGAAUUCUUGACGUAGAUAUCCCAAUGUCUGUGGGUAUAAUCGAUCCUAGGGCUAAUCCAAACCAACUAAAUACAGUGGAGUUCCUGUGGGACCCUGCAAAGAGGACAUCUGUGUUUAUUCAAGUGCAUUGUAUUAGCACAGAGUUCACUAUGCAGAAACAUGGUGGAGAGAAGGGAGUGCCAUUUCGAGUACAAACCGAUACCUUCAAGGAGAAUGAGAACGGGGAAUAUACUGGGCACUUACACUCAGCCAGCUGCCAAAUCAAAGUCUUCAAGCCCAAAGGUGCAGACAGAAAACAAAAAACAGACAGGGAGAAAAUGGAGAAACGAACGCCUCAUGAGAAGGAGAAAUAGCAACCUUCCCAUGAGACAACUAUACUCACAGAGUGUUCUCCACGGCCCAAGAUCACGUAUGUCAAUAAUUCCCCAUCACCUGGCUUCAGCAGUUCCCAUAGCAGUCUUUCUCUUGGGGAAGGAAAUGGUUCACCAAGUCACCAGCCAGAGCUGCCCCCUCCAGUCACAGAUAACCUCUUGCCGACAACCACACCUCAGGAGGCUCAGCAGUGGUUGCAUGGAAACCGUUUUUCCACGUUCACGAGGCUUUUUACAAACGUCUCAGGGGCAGAUUUAUUGAAACUAACUAGAGACGAUGUGAUUCAAAUCUGUGGCCCUGCAGAUGGAAUCAGACUUUUUAAUGCAUUAAAAGGCCGGAUGGUGCGCCCAAGGCUAACCAUUUAUGUUUGUCAGGAAUCCUUGCGGCUGAGGGGGCAGCAGCAACAGCAGCAGAAGCAUGAGGAUGGAGACUCAAAUGGUACUUUCUUCGUUUACCAUGCCAUCUACCUAGAAGAACUGACAGCUGUUGAACUGACAGAAAAAAUGGCUCAGCUUUUCAGCAUUUCCCCUUGCCAGAUCAGCCAGGUCCACAAGCAGGGGCCCACAGGAAUCCUUGUGCUCUUUAGUGAUGAAAUGAUACAGAGCUUUCAGGAAGAAGCCUGUUUUAUUCUGGACACAAUGAAAGAAACCAAUGAUAGCUAUCCUAUCGUACUGAAGUAGGUGUGGGGCAUUCCAUCCUCAGUGGCUGCUGCUCCUUUCACCUAUUGGGAACUCCCCUCUUGAAGGGGGUCUCAAAUGGAGCUUUGAAGGGCUGCAGGAACCUGACCCAUCUGACUGUGUGUGGGCGGGUCCAGGCCUUGGAGGCAGAAUCCCAGGCAUCUGUGUUGGCCCAAGCUUUUAGGGCACCCACAGAUUACUGCCCAACAUGCAUUUCUGCAACUAUUUCUUAUUUAAAAUUUCUGGACCCUAUUGUUGAAUAUCAGUAGAAACUCCACAUCACUUAGAGUGUGUGUAGGGCAUAACGAUGAUGAGGAUUGUGUGAUGUUUAAUGGAAAGAUGUUAAAUUUUGUGAUAUGGAGCCAUGUAAUUUUUUUUCUAACAUAAAAGCAAAUAUCUAUAUUCAUAAGACUAGAUCCUCAAUCUUUUUUGCCUCUGAAAACCUCAUUAAAGAGAAAUAUGGAGAAAGGAAAAUUCUUCUUUUGAUUUCCCUGUAAUUCUAUGACUAAUAGUAAUUUUAGGUAACAUUUAUUGCACAUUUAGUUGUGUCAGGCAGUGUGAUAAAUUCUUUUUUUUUUUUUUUUUUUUUUUUUGUGGUACGCGGACCUCUCACUGUUGUGUCCUCUCCCGUUGUGGAGCACAGGCUCCGGACGCGCAGGCUCAGCGGCCAUGGCUCACGGGCCCAGCCGCUCCGCGGCAUGUGGGAUCUUCCCGGACCGGGGCACGAACCCAUGUCCCCUGCAUCGGCAGGUGGACUCUCAACCACUGCGCCACCAGGGAAGCCCAGUGUGAUAAAUUCUUUAAGUGGAUUAUCUUGUUUAAAUCCUCUUAAUAGCCCUAUAUGAAGUAGGUAAUAAUGAUCCCUAAUUGAAGUUGAGGAAAUGGAGACAGAGAGUGGCCGAGGAGCUUGCUGAGUAACAGGAAGCUAGCAGCUAGUGACACUGAAAUGCAAACCCAGGCCGUCUGGCUCUUAUUAACUGCCAUCCGUGACUGCCACGCUUGUAGUCCUCUGUGCUUGCCAUCGUUUCUUACUGUGGCUCUUCUGGUGAAUUGGAUGUAACACUGAGCGAGAACUGAGGAAUUAACACCAAAAGGGACAAACCACACCUAAAAAUUGAUGAACAAAUCAAGACCUACAAAAAAAUGAAAACAUAGACACUUUCAAAGCAUCAUCAGUUACCAGAUUCACAGAAUUUGAGGUGGUGAAAACUAGGGAUUAUCUGUAACUCCCCAAAUUCACUGUUCUUGAAUGACCUUCUCAAACUAUUUAUUAAUGAGUUAGACUAACCUCUGCUUUCUCUUUCCACUCUCUGCAUCUUCUCUUGGUAUAGAAAGUUCUUUUACUCAUGCAGCAUUCUUUUUUUUUUGUUUGUUUGUUUGUUUGUUUGCGGUACGUGGCCUCUCACUGUUGUGGCCUCUCCCGUUGAGGAGCACAGGCUCUGGACGCACAGGCCCAGCGGCCAUGACUCACGGGCCUAGCCGCUCCGUGGCAUGUGGGAUCUUCCCGGACCGGGGCACGAACCCGUGUCCCCUGCAUCGGCAGGCAGACUCUCAACCACUGCGCCACCAGGGAAGCCCCUUUGCAGCAUUCUUUUAUAUAAGCUUUACAAGAAAUUCAUUCCCAUUCCGUUUGCAUUCUUACCAUAUACUUUAGUUCUUCCUGAUUGUGACUGUGUGCUCUUGUGUGUGUGCAUGUGUAAGACUAUGGGUCUUUUUUCACAUGUAAAGUUUUAUCCAGAAAUCCCUCUACAUGUUAUGCUGAGGUGAAAAAUGAUAAUCUUCAAAUGAUUCUGUAUUGGAUUUGGAUCUGUGUGUGUGUGUAUUUUUAAAGAAUUUGAUAAAGUUUAAAUGUUUUUAUACAGAGAUUUUUGUUCAUUAAAAUCAACCUUCAAAAGAAAAAAAA